CCCCCUCCCGGUCCGGGCUGCAGCGGUGCCCGGCUCGGCAGUGCCGGCGGCCGGGACUGGACGGGGCGGGCGGGGCUGGACUGGACGGGACGGGUCGGAGCGGAGCGGGCGGGGCAGUGCCGGCAGCAGGCAGAGAGCAUCGGCACGGCGGCGCUCGGCGCGGGCUCACCAUGAUCGUGUGUCCCCAGAGCGUGGAGCACCCCCGAGGAAGCCGGUGCCAGCGGCUGCCGGGGCAGGUGGUGAAGAUGUCUGGCGGCGAACCCGAGCGCCCUCAGUUCCUCUUUGUGAAGGCUCUGGCGAGCCGGGGCCGGCUGGAGGCAGUGACCCAGCAGAUGGGCUACCACCCGCGCUACCUCGACAGCUUCCUGAAGACGCAGCACUACCUGCUGCACAUGGACGGCCCGCUGCCCUUCGACUGCCGCCACUACAUCGCCAUCAUGGCGGCCGCGCGACACCACUGCCGGUACCUGGUGAACCUCCACGUGCUGCAGUUCCUGCGGGCGGGGGGGGAUCCCCAGUGGCUGCGCGGUCUCGAUUUCAUCCCCCCCAAACUGCGCAACCUCAACGAGAUCAACAAGAUCCUGGCGCACAGGCCCUGGCUCAUCACCAAGGAGCACAUCGAGAAGCUGCUGAAGAUCAGCGAGUGGAGCUGGUCGCUGGCAGAGCUGGUGCACGCCGUCGUCCUCCUGGCGCACUGCCACGCACUUGCCAGCUUCGUUUUCGGCUGCGGUUGUGAGCAGGAGGAGGGGCCGGGGGGUAGGGGCUCGCUGAAGCCCUCUCCACCUGGGAACCAGUGCUUCUGCGAGGCCGCCAUGGGGAACGGCUGCGGGCAGGAGCUGCUGCGCAUCAACCGCAAAAGGUCCCUGGACUCCUGCAUGGAGCUGGACUCGCUGCGGGAGCGCGUUCAGAGGAUCCACGUGGAGACUGAGGGCAGGGAGGAGACGAGGCCGCUGCCGCCGGACCGCGAGGAAGAUACUGACGGGGAGGUCACCGGUGCCGCCAACCUCGCGUGCUAUCUGCAGGACCCUGACUUUGGGUACCAGGACUUUGCGCGGCGCGACGAGGAGCAGAUGCAGGUAUUCAGAGUCCAGGAUUACUCCUGGGAAGACCAUGGCUUUUCGCUGGUGAACCGGCUCUACUCUGACAUCGGGCAUCUCCUGGAUGAGAAGUUCCGCAUGGUGGAUGGUCUGCAGAGCAGUGCCAUGGCCAAGCGGCAGGGCUGCGAACCCUCGGUCUUCAAGCGGGGCAUCUGGAACUACAUCCACUGCAUGUUUGGCAUCAGGUACGAUGACUACGACUAUGCAGAAGUGAAUCAUCUACUGGAGCGAAUGCUGAAAGUUUACAUUAAAACGGUAACCUGCUACCCAGAGAAGACAAACCCAGAAAUGUUUGACAGGUUCUGGAAGCAGUUCAAGCACAGCGAAAAGGUCCACGUGAACUUGCUCAUUCUGGAGGCCAGGAUGCAGGCAGAGCUGCUGUAUGCACUGCAGGCCAUCACCCAGUACAUGGUCUCGUAGGCGGUGGGAGCUGCGCUGCGGCAGGGCCGGGCAGCAUCCUCUCUCCCUGGACUUGUGUGUGACCCGUCGUGCUGGGACAGACGGCGAGGGAUGACUCCAUUUAGUUUACUUGACUGUCUUGUUCCUUCUAUUUUUUUUUUUUUCCCUUGUGGGGCACGCUGAGUGGCCCUGUUACGUGCAAUUACCAAACUGUGAGGCAACUCCGUGCUGCUGAGAUGUUGGUGUGAUGCUGAAGACUUGAACCUCUCCAUGGAGGACCGCCAAAGACACGGGUGGGGUGUCAGGAGGGGACCAGGCUGUGUUGGAGGGUUAGGAUGAGCAGCAGUUCCUCACCCCGUUCCUGCAGGAGCUUUGCUUUCUCCCCUGUUGACAGCCUCCAUGGAGGCAACAUCUUGCUUAGGAGCCAGGUGGGUGCACUGCAGUGUGCCAGGAAGGGGCUGCGCUGGGUCCCAGCCCAGCACAGGGAGGGGAUGCACUUGCUGCUGUGCCCACGUCCUGCCAUCCAUGUCCACGUGCCAAACAAAACCCUGUGGGUCUGUUUGACUGGGUCAGUUUGGAACCAAUUCCAACCCAUGAAGCUCUUGUAGGUGGGUGCCCUUGGCACUCCUUCAGCAGGAUGAGAGAGCCUCUGACAGCCUUCAGGCUCUGGAGGGUUGCACAGAGGACUUGUGGCUGUCUGCAGGGUUGUUAGUCCUGAAGCCCACGCUGCUUCCUGUUGGUGGAGGUUCAAGAGAAAUGAGGGAGGCUUCCUGAGUUAACACAGAGCUGGCAUCUUCCUCUCACAGCCACAAGGGCUGGGGUCCUUCGCCCAGCCGUUUGCUCUUAACAGCCCAGCUGAGCUAAGGGAAGCCCUAGCCAUAGGCUGGGGGCUCCUGGGGCUGCCCCGGGUGAGCAGCACCAGCCCAGCCUACCAGGAGCUUCCUGGCCCAGGGCUGCUCCAUGCAUGUGCACAGCCCAGAGCUGGGGGUGAGGGAACCUGAUUUCCCCUGGGCACAGGAAAGCAACUGCAGGAGGGGUUCAGGGCCCCCCAUCAUCAGCAGGAGUCUGAAGUGAGGGCAGCUGUAAGGUCAGCCCAGUGCACGCUGCUUCAGUCGACCUGUUUACUGCGUAAAUGUACGGGGAGAAAACCUUGUGUAUGGAAGCUAAAGAAAAAGCCUAUUUUUGCUAUAAAUAUAUUAUGUUUGACAUGGA